GUCAUGGAGCGAAAUGCGGUCCUCAAAGCGAAUUUCGGCCGAAACGCGAAUCUCGGUUGGGUCAGCCACAGCAUAUUUUCAACUGGAUAGCACGGAGAGCAUGGCUCUGUCCGGUCGCCGAGCCAAGCGAAUGGUACAGAGAGGCUGUGUGCAAUGCGAGGUUCGGAUGUUUUAAUCUAUCAGUUGGUUACCAUUGGUGACGUCGCUGCGGAAAUUGUGAGACCCACCGAUCUUUUCUUAACAUUUCAAAUCAACUUCCAAGGUUACCAUCUUACCUCAACAAAUAAUUAGAAAUAAUUCUUUCAGAUCUAUCCUAUAAAAUUUUCAACAUGCCUAUUGCAAUCAGCAGUACGACCAGCGACGCUGACGCUUCGUCAACUCCUUUAUGUCACAUCAUCACCCCUGUAGGCAUGCUCGGCUAUGGGCUCAAGGAGGACGAGACUACUGCCGCACUGAGAUUCUACGUCGCAACUGGCAUACCGACAGCCAUGAUUCUAGACUCUGGCUCGACAGACAGCGGACCUGACAGACUUGCUCAGGGAAAGAUGGGCUCCCCGCGGACAUCGUAUGUCCGGGAUCUGAGAAAGCUGCUCAAGCUCGUCCACCAGUUUCACGUUCCCUUGAUUUUCAGCUCUGCGGGUGGAGACGGGAUUGAUGAGCACGUCCGAGAGAUAGUGGAAGUCGUUGAAGAAAUCGCAGCCGAGAAGGGAAAUGACGGGUAUUCUUUCAAAACUGUGGCCAUCUUCUCCAACAUCGACAAGGCGGUCGUCAGGGAGCGCUUGAACGCAGGUGCAGUAAGCGGAUGCGGCGCUUGCGUCCCGCCGUUGACCGAAGAGGAUAUCGAAGCAUCGUCGCGCGUUGUCGCGCAAAUGGGACCAGAGCCCUUUAUUGAUGCGAUGAAAGCGAACCCUGAUUUCGACGUUAUCGUCGGCGGUCGAGCGUACGACCCGGCGCCUUACGUUGCUUACUGCUCGUAUUUAUCCGGAAUAAACUUGAACGACUGGAGUUCGCCCGAAGUCAAACGUCAAUUCGGCGGAUUCACGCACAUGGGAAAGAUCCUAGAGUGCGGAGGAACUUGCGCCGAACCGAAAUCCCAUGGUGCUAUCUCGACGGUCUUCAGAGACGGAGGGUUCACCAUAUCACCCUUGACGCCAACGGCCCGUUGCACGCCAGUAUCGGUAGCCGCGCACACUAUGUACGAGAAAUCACGACCCGAUAUCCUUCAUGGACCGGGCGGGUACUUCGACUUAAACGCCGCCACCUAUGAACAGCUUCCGGAUCAGAGAUCGAUUAGAGUAAAGGGGAGCGUUUUCCAUUUCUCGAAAGAGAGUGGUCUUCCUUAUCAAGUAAAGCUCGAGGCCGGUAGUAUAAUCGGUUACCGAUCAAUGUUCAUGGGUAGCUUCCGAGACCCAAUCCUGAUCAAGGAGCUAGACUCGCUAAUCGAUGUCGUGAAAGGCUAUGCUGCUGAUCAGCAUAGUCAGGUUUCGGAGAAAUGGGAGCUCGACUUCCAUGUAUAUGGAAAGCAAGAGUCUGCAACGCCAUCGCCAGAGAUAUUUAUCAUUGGCGAAGCGUUAGCUCCAUCUCAGGAACUAGCAACCAGUAUAGCGGCCACCGCCAGAAUUGCAGUAAUUCACGGAAGCUAUCCAGGACAGAAGGCUACUUCAGGAAACUUUGCAUUCGGUAUCGGCGGGAAGCAUAUUAUCGAAUUAGGACCAUGCUCAAAGUUCUCCAUGUACCAUCUCAUGGACCUUGAAGACGGCGAGGAGGGCUUGUCACUAGAUGAUGCCCUUGAAGUUCCUACCUACAAAGAAGUAAACGGAAAUGGCGUCCCUAAGCAACGAAAGCGAUUGUUCACACAAUCUGUCUCCAUGAUAGGCAAGGGAGAUAGAUCUUUGAAAACGCUUCUCAUACCCACUGCCAAUGGACAUACCAAUGGCUCGACGUCGAAUGGUGUACAUAACGCGACCGUUACCACUUCCAUAAGCAACGGUGCAAAGGCGAAUGGGCGCACGAAGCCCGUCUCUCUCGGCGAUCUUGCCAAAGUAGUUCGGUCGAAGAACGCAGGGCCGUACGAAAUCACCUUCGACUUGAUAUUCGAAUCCAGGGAUACGUAUAUGAGAGUAAAGGAGUCAGGACUGCUAUCCACAAAGACAAUAGCAAGUGCUUAUAACUUGGCCGAGAGCGACAUCGUCUGGUGCGGAUUCUUUGAUCCGGCGCAAGCGUUUAAGGCCACGAUCCCGCGCAUCAGGGCCGGUAAGCGUACACCAGGGGGAAGUUUCAUGGAGAAUGAUGUCCACGGUUCCCAGCAGCAUCUUGCGCUGGUAAAUUUGAAGCUACCAGAAGAAUUAGUCGCGACCCUUGUCUAGGGUUGUAGAGGGCAUUGGGGAUCUUGUAUUUUGUACGUCUAUAUCUGUAAUUUAGUUAACCAUUAUGAACUUCGUGCUUUGUCUUUCGAAUUUCUAUUACCUCACAUGUCCUGGACGUUGUGCAGACGGAAGUAUUGCAAAUUGUCUCAAGGUGGUAUUUAGUGGGGCGCUAAGAAAAGGGGAAGCCAUAAAAUUGGUGGAGACCACUGAUAAUUGCCUUGUCUUGUCUAUGUACGUA